AUGACCAUCAAUAUUAUCGAUCUCUAUCGCAGCAAUUGGGCGUCUGUUACUCAACAACAUGAUGUAGACUGGAAGAAGAAAUGGAAAAACUUAAAAGACUCCUAUGUGAAGUAUUUAAAAUCAGAACACUCGAAAAAUUCCACUAGAAAUUCGAAUAAAUCCUUAAGGCGAUACAGAACUUGGCCAUGGGCAUCAAAAAUGGAAUUUGUCAGACCAUUUUGCAAAUUUAGCAUACCAUCCGAAUCUAAUGCAACUGAAAAACAAUGGUACGAACUAGCAGAUGGUGUUAAUAGCGAUGAAAGCUUAAAGGGAUUCCCAGAAACUGAAUUAUUGGAAGAUCCUUACGAACAAAAAAUAGACAUUAAGCUCACGACACAUUUCAAAGACCAACAUCUGAAUAUUCACGAUCUAGAUACUCGUAGUCAAGAGAAUGAGGAUGAGUUUAAUACCCAUUCGGCCAUACAACAUAUCAAUAUUGAUAGUUGUAAAUUUGAUGCCAUAGAUGACAGCCCUAAAAAAGCUAAACGAAGGCGAAUGUUAGAAAAAACUUCAUCAACCCACAAUGAUAUUGAAUUGAUAUUAAUGGGUUAUGCUAAAACUAUAAAAACAUUUUCAGCUAAAAGACAGACAAUGGUUAAAUUUAAGUUCUCACAAAUUCUAAUGGAAGCAGAAUUGGAACAACAGGAAGAAGACCAAUCAAAUAUAAAUGGACCCCUAGGACCAAUGGCUAAGAUGCAAUUCCAUAAACAUAAACCAAAUUCGUCAUUGUGUUAUGAAUCUUCCAAUUAGAUUCUACAUUUUUUUUCUUUCAAAAUGGUGUCAUGUUGAAAUACAUAAAUAUUGAAAUAUUAAGUUACCUUUAAGUUUGUUAUGUAUUAAUUGUUUUAUUAGAUUUA